UUGUUGCUGCUUUCUGUUUUGAAGCAGUAAAAAUCAUGUCUUUGGUAGUCUACACUCUACUCAUCAUUCUGAGCAAUGUUUGGUGCUUUAUCUGUGGGGCUUCUGUGCCUGUCUCGGACAUUGCUGUGAGAUGUGCUGAAGAAGCGCUGCUGCCCUGUGAAGUUCUUCAGGACACCUCAAUCACCUACCAGAGAGUGUCUUGGUAUAAAAUGGCUGGAGAAGGCGAAGAAAUAGUGUGGAAAGUCCUUGAUGUGGAAUCUCAAUAUCCAAAAGAACUUGGGAGGUCCCUGGGACUCUCCAAUGACACCUUUUCACUGAGGAUCAAAAAUGCAACCAGCCAAAACAGCGGGACAUAUAAGUGCACUUUGGAGGAACAGAGAGGAGAAAACAGUCUCAGCAGCAUAGUCACAUUAAAAGUAACAGGUUGUGCUGGAAUAGAAGAUGAAAAACUGAAAAAACACAAAGCUGAGCUUUUCAUGCUGACUUGCCUUGGGAUUUUUUACUUGCUGCUCAUCUUUUUCACCUGUAUGUGCCUAAGAAAAGAGAGCCUAUCUCCCAGUAGUCAAAAACCCAGACCAGAUAUGCAGCACAUGCUCACCCUCAUCAAUGUACAUGAAAUGACAACUUUCCAGGCUUUAAACAGCAACAGCACUUGCAAAAAUGAGCUUGCUUCAGGUUCUGUCUAA